CGCUUAUUUCACGUUUUUUCGAAACAUCGUAGCAUGCAGAGGUAUCAUGCGCAAAAUUGAAUUACAUCGACAUCAACAAAUGUCAACGCACGUGCGUCAAUGGCGGAAGAUGCAGCGAUUAGAAACUUUCGGGACUUCCUUUUGAUAUACAACAGGAUGACUGAGACGUGCUUCCGGCACUGCGUGAAUAACCUGAAUUAUCGGGACCUAACGCCUGAUGAGAGCCAGUGCGUGGAUCUCUGUGCCGGCAAAGCGAUAAGUGUCAACCACAGAAUGAUGUCCAUCUACAUGGAAGUUCAGCCAGAAAUGAUGAAGCGCUCCAUAGAAGCACAGCAACAGCUAAAUGCACAACAAAGUGUACAAAGCCCGAGUUAGCGCCUCUUACUGUUGUUUUGCAGAAAACUACAGUCACAGCUGCAGCAGUUUUGUGGAACGGUAGGCAGUAACCAUUUCAUGUUAAAUGUUCUACAUUUGAUGAUGUCACCUUAGGGUGCCAAGUGGAUGUUGGCAUCAUUAUGUUUUUGUUUAUUGAGCCAUCUCAAUAAAUGUAAAUGAAUAUUGA